UCUACUGUGUCUCGUAUCUAACUGCAGUCCUGUUUAAAUGGCUGAUGGAGGCAACAGACGUAAUGCAACUGGAGAAGUCCCAAUUCAGUUUGUCCAGCCGUCACGCUCUGCUUCAAUAUGAACAUGCCGCUAAAGAGACAUGUACUUUGAUGGAUUGGCUGGGCUAUGGGCCUCACAUCCGACAGGCACGGAGUGAAGCCUACAAGGUACAUGAUAGGCUGUUGACUGCACUGUCAGGUGGAAGUGCAACGUGGAUCACUACGGGAAGCAAGGCUGAGGGUCUGACCUGCUACCUGGAGAGUGAUAGAGACAUUAUUUGUGUUAAUAAUAAUUUAAUUUGUAUAGAAGAGGGUGUUGAUUCAAGUAACAUUCUUAAGGAGACAACCAUAUUGAGAGCAUGCAGUCGUAUAAGUUACCCCGGACAUUAUAUAUUGCUACUACAGAGAUACGGUACAACCAUUCCCAAACGUGUUGACAAUGCCUUGUGCGAUGAUGGAUAUGGUCGAACAUUCUUGAGUAGUGACUUAUAUGUUAAUGAGUGUUUGAACAUUAAACCUACGGAAGGACAGGAAACACACGAGCGUGCUGGACCGUCAACGCCUAGUACAUUUUAUGGUGGAGCAUUGCACACAGAUAUAGUACAUGCACUACAUUUGUACUGUCCUAGCAUCCUAACAAGAUGGGCUGCAAGACCUCGAAACUGGCCAACACCUGACAUUGUUCAGGAGGUUGUUUCCGUUGGAGCAGUCGUUACUCCUGUUGGAUUGAAAGGCAGUGAUUAUGAACAUGUUGAAUGGAGACUAUGUUUCAACGCCGGAGAAAACGUGCUGGUUAACAAUCUUACCGACACCAUGGUGAAAGUAUACGUUUUAUUAAAAAUGGUGAAACAAGAUGUAUUAAAACCACGCAAGAAAGAGGUUACAUCGUUUACAGUGAAAAACAUUGUAUUAUGGAUAGCAGAAAAUAACCCGCAGUCAUUGUUACAUGAAAGAAGUCUGUUACACUGGCUGCAUGAAGGAUUAUAUGCUCUAAGAGUUGCUAUAGAUACGAAAGAGCUGCCCUAUUACAUGAUUCCAGAGCGCAAUCUGAUGGCAGCCUGUGCUCUGGAGCAUGAGCAGAAGCUUUCUUGGAUAGCUACUAUUAAUGAUAUGAUAGAAGAAGGACCAAUAAUGAUAUUGAGACUACCGCAGAUACGACGAGCCCUUAUCGCUCACACUGAACCACUACGAUGGUACAGCGGGAGAAAAAUAGAGAUGGAGAUGCUGGUGCUGAUAUGCAUGAACAGAAUCACACUCGGCAUGGAUGAAGAGACGGAUGUUAUUGUACAGGCAGCAAUAACACGUUCGGCGGAUAUUAGGAAGGAGGUUAGACAUAGGAUGAUUAUGGAAGGGAGACGAGAAAAUAAUCUACCUGAUUUUUAUCAAAGUAUGUUGUCGUAAAACGAUAACAUUGAGCAAUAACCUUUUUACUUGCAACUGUUACUUACUUGAAACACCAACGUUUAUGUUUGCAUUGUAACCCAAUGAGCAUACGGUUGAUGUGGAAGCCGUUUAAUCUGUAUGUCGCUAUAAAAGAGGGAUGCAUUCGUU